AUAAAACAAUUUCGGACAUGUGUUGAUUAUGUAUGUUCUUUGUCGAUGGAGUCCAAAUCUGGCGAUAACGUGCUGACGAACCAUGACGAUUCUAUUGACAAUGGCAUGUGCAGUUUAUAAAUAAUAUAUCUGGCUAUGCCCUAACCGAACGCUCGCGUAUUUGUUAUCACCAACAAUAAAAAUACCAAGUUACCCAUCAAUCAUACCACUAGUCAUACCAUCAGCUGAUAUAUGAAACUCCCCAAUCCGAAGCUCAGUCUUUUGGGUUCUUCAUUUCUAACAACAUGAAGCAGUGCAACGGCUCUGAACUAAGCGUUCCUAGCUUUUUGAAUAACGAUUUUCUUCUGGAUAUCAUCCGGAGGACAAAAAAUGACCCCUCCAUAACACUGUGCCAUGGGUUCAAGCUUCGUCCGGUAACAGACGAAUGCUCUAGCAAUGAAAGCACCUUUCGCGCUACACUCCACUAUCGCUCGAAUCGAUUCCAUCAGGAGCGAGCCAUAGACCUGGUCGUGAAAACACCCCUCAACGACAAGCCCUCCUCCAGCACAGAAUUUAGAAUGUAUACCAAAGUACUUCCUACGAUGACCAAGAUGUUGGAAGAUGCUGGAGAACCUUUCCACCAUCCAAGAUUAAUAAGUGCAAUGCAGAAACCACAUUCUGUGCUUGUAAUAGAGGAUGUUUCUUGGCUCGGAUGGACUGCCAAUAAACUAGGAUUAAACACCUUCCAAGAUGUGAUUCCAAUGAUUCAAGAAAUUGCCAAAUUACAUGCCGCUUCAUACAACCUUAAUCAAAAGAGCUGUGAUCUAACCGCUUUCAACAAAACUCUUUUUCCAAGAGAUAUGAACGGUAUACAUGAUUCAAUCUCCACCAAUAUUGAAAGGUUCUGUGACACGAUACAAACUCGGAAAGACUGUGAAAAAUUGGUGUCUAAAUUCCAAAAACUGAAACCGUCACUGGACGCGAAAUUGAACCACGUGUACGCCGUGAAUCCAAAUGAUAGUGGUUAUAAUGUUUUGAACUACGCAAGCGUCCACACAUUGAACAUUCUACACAAAACAGAUUAUGCUGGUCGCGUUACCAAAACAAUGCUGACCAAUUUCCAGAGUUGCUCCUGGGGAUCGCCAGCCAUCGAUUUACUGUUCAUUUUGAAUGUUGUCGUAUGCCACGACAUAAAGCUCAGUCAUCGGAACGAGAUUAUCUACGAGUAUUACCGACAGUUUGUGCGUAUCUUGACCAAACUUGGCUACCUGGGGAGCGUGCCGAGUCUCGUAGAUCUCCAUACUGAGCUGUUGAAAAAGAGUUUCUUCGAAGUUUAUCUGAAUAUUAUUUUCGACGAAGCGAGCUACAUUGGACCGAGUGAAGAUCAUCUGAAUCAGUUGAACUACAAUGGUGAAAAAUAUCUCGAAAAUAUUAUAGCUGACAUGCACACGUUGAUGUUUAAAGGCUGUCUAAACUGUUGAUGAAACUGAUUAAAUCGCAUUAUGGUCUAUGAGGUGUGAGCUCAUUUUAUUCAGGUGCCACAAAGCCAACCGUUUUCGAACCUUUAUUGUAUUACAGUAAUAAACAUUCGUUUAGCCACACUUAAAAAAAACUUGAAACACUUACAAAACAACUAGGAAUGUUCUUUUUAUCGGAAUACUUAUUUGCUGUACUACCGUAAUCUCGCGAAGUGACGCAAGCGCGAAAAUCUGAUCUGUACAAAUUGUGUACAAUUGAUGGAAAAACAUUGCCAUCCACUUGAUUUUUGGAAAAAAUGCAGUUUUAUUUAAGCUAUGUUACCAACGCCAGUUUGUUGUGGAAACAGCAAAUUUUAAUCGCUGUUUACACAACCGAUUGGCGUUCAUCCAACAAAGCAUGCGAGAAUACCCUAGAUUGAUUUUUUUUUUCUUUCAAGAUGAGUUUGAUUUUUUGAAUUUAAAUAGUUGACGAGGUUUUUUUUACAUGAUUUGUAGUUCUAAAACAAAAUUGCUUUUAUAAAUGUAGAACUGCACGGGGAACGACUGUUUUUUGAUCAAAAUAUUAGGCAUGACGAGCUUUUCGGAAGUGUUUUUUUUACAAGAAAGAAGACAUGUGACUCUCAUUCGACAAAUAGACCAAUACGGAACAUGUUGUUGCAUGAAAUUUGCUGUCCCUGCUCGUUCAUUCUAUGCCAUCAGAAAAGUUAAAAAAAUCACAUGGCAUCACAAUCAAAUUACGUCACAUCAUAAGGGAAAUAGCGCUUGCGCCACAACAUGGCGGAAAUGGUGCUUACGCCAUUCCGUUUUCAAGCUUUUACGGGCUCAUUUUUUCACAUUUCUGUAAAACUUUGUAGUCGAUUAAAAGGAUUUGGUAUUAUUUAUCGAUCUAUAACAUAAAAAGUAAAAUGUCAAUUUUGUCGCUUGCGUCACUUUGCGAGAUCACGGCAGUGUAGUGAUAGUAUAUUUAAGUCAAUUUUAUUGAAAGGACGUGCGUCACAAUCACACACACAAGGGGGCAUCGGUGAAUAUAAACAUUCAAACGUCGUUUUUUCCCGAGACAUACGUUUUGCCGCAGGGCAUGAAAAUCGAGUUUUCGCAUAAUCUGCGUUUUUUGGAAAAAUACUUGGGAAUGUUCAAUUUACAAGAUAAAUAUUAGAUGUGCAACGUAAGAAGUUGGUCAGAUUAUCUUAUCUUCUUUGUUUUUAAGAGGCUUUAAACUUUGCAGUUCAUUCGCCUCUAAACGGUCAGAUUAUUGAUUUACGUAGAAUUUAAAGGAAUGGCGAAAGGUAUUCUAUUGACGGAAGAGGGACGGAAAAUAAUAAAGAGUGAACAGUGAACGAAAGUUUUCUAAUCGCUCGAUCGUAACAAAAAUUGGUCGAUCCGAGAAAGUGGUACGGAAUUUCUUUAAAUAUUGCCAGAAAAAUGGGAUAUAACGACCAACAAAUGGGAACACCAAAGUUACUUUGCGCCUUAAAGGUCGAAUAAGACACGAAGCAACCAGGAAACGAUGUCCUGCUCAUGCAUUAAGGCAGAAUCGGUUGUUCCAGUAACGAAGAGGCAUAUUGCGCGCAUCUUGAACGAGUCACCAAACAUCAUGUGGAAGAAACUUCAAGGAAAGGCGAAACUGACCGCCACCCAUAAGCAGAACCAUCUCAUUUUUGCCCGGCAAUACAUGGCAUGGAAAAUAGAAUGGAGAAAUGUUGUAUUUUCCGGCGAAAAAAGCUCAAUUUGAAUGGUCCGGACUGUUACAGUUGCUAUUGGUACAAUUUAAGUCAACGGCAUACCGUGAGAUCGAAGCGAAACUUUGGGGGCGGAAGUAUGACAGUGUGGGGAGCCGUUUCCUAUCACAGCAAGCUUCUCAUUUGUUUCAUUUUCACCCUCCGAAUUCAAUUACUGGAGGACGUUUUGAUUGGCCAUAUUGAGAAUAACGCUACCGAGGAUGUCAUUUUUUCAGCAGGAUUAUGCAUAGAUCCACGUUUCCAAGCAAUCGAAGACAUGGUUUGCCGAGAAGGACAUUCCGCUUCUUGAAUGACCUGCUGGCAGUCGAUUGCAAUUCCAUAGAGAACCUAUGGAGAAUCUUGGCCGAGAUGGUCCAUGCAAACGGAUGACAAUUUGACAACAUUUCCAGUCCCA